GGUUGUUCCCGUAGUAAUAGAUAAUUUUCCCGCUCAAAACAGAAGGCAUCUCCUUCUCCAUCAUCUUCCCCUCAUAUUCUCUUCUCUUUCACAUCGUCACUCCAAGAUUGCAAGAACCUCUAACCACAACCACCCUCACGCCACUCUAGUUAUACAACUAAAUAGGCUUUGAUGUUUCUUAAUAUGGGGAAGUUGGUUUGGGGUUCCACAUUUGGCAAUAUGAUAUUGCGUAUACAUGCAUAUAUAAUGUUUGAUAAAAUGAUUGUGUGAAAAAUUAGUUUAUAAACAUUCAUAGAUGAUAUGGUUUAUGGGUCAUCAUGUGGUAUAUUAUAAAUGCUUUGUAUAUAAAUAUAUCUAUAUAUAUUUUUUUUUUGAGUAAGUAUAUAUAUAUUUUUUUAAGUCUUGUGAAUUCAUCAACUUUGCUACAAGUAGUUGCUGAUUUUGAUCAAUUCUUUUAUACUUCUUGCUUCUUACUGAAAUCACGUUCCAUUUUGGAUAUUAAGAGUGAAAAAAAGCAUGUAUUCUCUGUGAUUGUAAUUGCUAUAUCAUAUUAUACUAAGAAGAAAAACUAAUAAGAUAGUGUUUACCUGCUAUGAGGUGCACACUACGCAUUUUGUAUUCUAAAUAGAACAAGAGCAUGAUUCUCAAGGAGUCUGUGGCAGAGUUAACUGGUUUAUUUAUUGGCGGAGGUUGUCUUAUGUGUUUUGAUGAGUUGCUUUUGUGUGAUCUAGAUUAUUUAACAUUAUUAAUGAUCUUGCUUGAGAACCCGGAUGGGACAAUUUGAUUCUUUUUUGUAAAUUUAUGAUUAUUUUUAUUUUUGCCCAAGGAAAAAAUUGUAAUCUUUCAACAAUAUUUUUAUUGUUAAAUUUUAUUUUUCCCUCAUUUUCCUUUUUUUUUUACCCUUAUUAUAACCAUUUGUUUGCUCCAUCGUGAGUUUAGGUUCAAAUUGUAUAUAUUUUUAUUAAGCUUAACCUUUGGUCACUUUAAUUCCUGCCAGUUUCCCAUCUUCAUUUCAGUCUAAUCCUCCAUCUUGAAAGUAGUAACGAUGGACGUCAAUGAAGUCGAUGACGAUGAGUUUGGAUUCUCAAGAAACUACUUUCUGGCAAAGGAGUUUAAGGGUUCUACAAAAAAAUCGAAUCAUAAGCUCUCAGACAUUGAUCUUGUUGAGGAACAGGAACUCAGAACUGCGGCAGCUAACAUUGAGCCCAAACAUGAGAAAGAGGUCGAGGAACUAGUGAGAAGCUAUAGGACUUUGUACCAGAGAUGGGUUUUCAAGCUUAGGUGUGGAUUUAACCUUCUAAUGUAUGGAUUUGGAUCUAAGAAAGCCUUGAUUGAAGAUUUCGCUUCGACUUCAUUGACUGAACAUUCUGUAUUUGUAAUCAACGGUUAUCUUCAGUCAAUAAAUAUAAAACAGGUCUUGAUUGCCUUGGCUGAAGUUCUGUGGGAUCAAUUGAAGGCCAAACGAAAGAAUUAUUCAGGGAAUUCAUCAAGAGGAGGCCAGCAGCCUUUCAAUUCUAGAUCCAUAGACGAUCUUCUUGAGUUUUUGGAUGAACCACAAGUGGAGGAGAAGGAAAGUUUUAUAUGCAUCAUCAUUCACAAUAUCGAUGGGCCUGGAUUAAGAGACUCUGAAACUCAACAAAUUCUUGCACGCUUAGCUUCUUGCUCCAAUAUCCGUGUUGUUUCCUCCAUUGACCAUGUGAACACGCCUCUUUUGUGGGACAAGAAGAUGGUCCACACACAGUUCAACUGGUGCUGGUACCAUGUUCCUACUUUUGCACCAUACAAAGUUGAAGGAAUGUUUUUCCCACUGAUUCUGGCGAAUGGAAAUACCGGUCAGAGUGCCAAAACAGCUGCACUAGUUUUGCAAAGUUUGACACCCAAUGCUCAGAGUGUUUUCCGAGUCCUUGCAGAGUAUCAGCUGUCUCAUCCUGAUGAAGAAGGGAUGCCAGUCGAUAAUUUGUAUGCUACAUGUCGAGAACGCUUCUUGGCAAGUAGCCAAGUUACUCUUAACUCCCAUUUGACAGAAUUCAAAGAUCAUGAGUUGGUCAAGACUAGAAGGCAUUCUGAUGGACAGGACUGUUUGUAUAUCCCUCUCACUGCAGAAGCCCUGGAAAAACUUCUACUCGAGAUAAAUUAGUUGUGUUAUUUUUCUUUCUUGUAUUUCAUUUCACUCAAUUGUAACACUAACAUAUAAUUAUUGAAAUGCAGUGUAAGACUCAGAUUUUGAUAUCAGAGUAUUUGAAUUCAUUUCUUA